AGGACCAUUGUAAUGGUAUUGCAGAGCUGCUACUCAGUGAUUUGGGGCUAAGGGAAUUUAAAAUUGAGUCAGUUACUGAGGCAGAAACACCCUUUGCAAAAUGCCCUUGUCUAGCCCCAGGGAGUGUCUGGUCAUGUAGGAUAAUUGAAUAUGGCACAUGUUCAGAAGAAAUCAGGUGAAGCUUCUAGAGUCUGGAAGUGUGUUAGAUGCUGCUAGGGUUGUGUCCUCCUCUGUAAAAUGGAAUUGAAAGUAAUCCUUAGACCUGAUUUCCUUCCCUGGAAUACUCUAUUCUUUUCCAAAUGAAAAAAGUGCGUGUGUCAGGGAGUUCAGUUUCUAAUAACUCUCAGAAGGAAAAAGUGAACGUUGAGGAAAGAGAGCAUACCACUGAACAUCCAAACCAGCACCAUGUCAACAGUGGAGCAGGCAUGGAUGGGAAGAAAUGCAGUGUGUGGAUGUUUUUACCCCUUGUUUUUACCUUGUUUACUUCAGCUGGGCUAUGGAUAGUAUACUUCAUAGCUGUGGAAGAUAACAAAAUUUUCUCUUUAAAUGCACCUGAAAGGAAACCUGGUCAGAAACAUGCACCCUAUAUAAGUAUUGCAGGUGAUGAACCUCCUGCAAGUUGUGUGUUCAGUCAAGUGAUGAACAUGGCAGCAUUUCUUGCCCUUGUGGUAGCAGUUCUUCGUUUCAUACAGUUGAAACCCAAAGUUUUAAACCCGUGGCUGAACGUGAGUGGCUUGGUGGCCCUGUGCCUGGCUUCCUUUGGAAUGACAUUACUGGGUAAUUUUCAGCUCACCAAUGAUGAAGAAAUCCAUAAUGUGGGCACUUCCCUAACUUUUGGAUUUGGUACAUUGGCGUGUUGGAUCCAGGCUGCUCUAACGCUCAAAGUCAACAUCAAGAAUGAGGGUCGGAAGAUUGGGAUUCCAAGGGUGAUACUAGCAGCAUCUAUUACUCUCUGUGUGGUCCUCUAUUUCAUUCUCAUGGCCCAAGAAAUCCACAUGUACGCAGCCCGGAUUCAGUGGGGCCUUGUGAUGUGCUUUCUGUGUUACUUUGGCACUUUUGCCGUGGAGUUCCGACACUACCGUUACGAGAUCGUUUGCUCCGAGUACCAAGAGAAUUUCCUGAGUUUCUCUGAAAGCCUAUCAGAAGCAUCUGAGUAUCAAACCGACCAAGUGUAGGAUCAGUCAAAAGGGGCACAGAGAAGGCACCAAUUCCUCAAGCUUUUCUUCAGGUCUAAGGAGGAUUGGAACAAGCCAUUCAAAAUCUUCAGAGUUCUGACCUGGAGGAGCUUCGUAAUGGAUGACCCUUGUUUGAAUGGAAGUUAUCCAAAGAAAAGUACUCAGAUAUUGAGGGUUUGGAGGAACCUGCCAUCCCAUCAGACACUCAUUUGUUUCAUUGUGACUUAAAAGUGGUGCCAUGUGUGUCCAAUGAAAAAUUACGUUCCAUAAUUUUAGAGAGAGAAUCUACUAGGAUGGAUUACAGAACUACCAUUCAUGUGAAACAAGAUGAAGAUGUGAUUUUGUUUUUAAAUGUGCUUCCUAUAGUCUAUCCUGGAUAGUAUUUUUUGUUUCUCUGAUUCCCCAAAAUUGUCUCUUCAGUAUCAUUUUGGAUCUCGUGGUCAGAAAAGGAUCAAUGUCUGCCUUGUAUUGUAAACAUCCACAAUAAGUAAGAAUGUUAUCCCCUGAAGGUUUAAUUUAAUGGGGCUGGGGUGGGGUGGGGGUUUCCAUUAGAGGAAGCUAAGAUAAUUUAUAGGAAAGGAUGAGCUAUAGAGAAGGAGCAAAAAGAGCUGGAGGCUGUCUCAGAUGAGCCAUCAUGAAAAGGCAAGCAUUAGGUUACCUUAUGCAAAAGUUUGAAAGCAAAGGAGGCCUAUGAAAUGCUCGGACUUUGUUUCUUAUUCCUCUUGGUGCCCCAGUAUUCCAUGGACGCAUGGCUUCUGGUGUGCCCGGGGGUGGAGGCUGCCACAAUUCAAUCAUACCAUCCUGCCUGCGCUUUGUUCUGGAGAUGCUCCUGGCUGGUUCAGAGGAGCUGGGAUUUCACAGAUUUACAGUUUUAAAAACCACUGCUUUGGAUCCAAUGAAGGAAACAUCAGCAAAAGUCAUUAAAGAACAAAAACUAAAACUAAGGAAAGAGAUUUUUUUUAUUUUAUUUUAAAUAUGGUGGGAAUGUCACCCACAUGAGGUGCAAGAAUAAAGGUAGUUGUGAAAGGGGUUUUAAAAAAAAAAACCUAGAAAAAGUAAUUUUUUGGCUAAAAGUCAGCAAGCAUUACGCAGGGAAAAUUUCAAGCAAAGAAUAAUCUUUUUAUUAAAAGGGCAUCUAUUUGUAAAUAUUCCAAGGUAACAUUUAUUCUUUUUAAAAAGAAAAAAAAACUGCUUUUCUUUUUAUCAUUUUUAUAUUGUAAAAUUUUAUCAAAGAAAAACAUGAAAGGUGUGUGGUGACUUCUUUAAUUUUCCACAACUAAAAAUCAAGCUGCUGACUUUGGGUGGUGGGAUAUUUACCAUGCUUGUGAGAGUCUGUCUGAUGGUGCCCUCUGGCAAAGCUAAGCAAUUACCAAUAUCACACACAGGGUCAGGACCACUAAAUAAAAUGCUUUUAUGACAAAAUACGCUUUGUUUUUCCCUUCCUAGUGCUUCUCCCUAAUCAAACCUCCUUUGGAAAGGGAGUGAGACUUGGGUGGAUGUUCUGUAACAAAACAAACCACACCGACACAAAACCAAUAUCCCAGACUAAGGGAGUUGUACAACCUUGGUCUAGAAGAUAAGAGUCCAGCUGUUCUGAGCGAAAUCACAGAACUCAAGACCUUUGAAGAUAAAUGGACUUGGCCCCUUGCCUUGCUUAGAAAAGCAAUGACUAUUAAGAAACUGAAAAUAUAGUGAGAUCUGGGACAGCUAAGGGGAGAUGGGAAGAAAUGGACAGAAGAUAGAACUUAGGAUUCAAAAAGACCCAAGCUCAAAUUUAGCCCCAGAGACCUCCUGUAUGUCCCAGUCUUGUCUGCCUCAGUUUCCUCAUGUGUAAAAUAAUAAUAAUAGCAUCUACCUCAGGAUAGUCGAGAGGACAAAAGGAGUUGUAUGCAAAAAGCACUUUGAAAACCUU